AUGUGUGAAAUGGACACGGAUAGUGCGUAUAUCGCCAUCUCAGGGGAAAGUGUAGAAAGUUCAGUGAAACCCGAACUAAGAGUUAAGUUUUAUCAAGAUAAGUGCAACUGGCUUCCAAGAGCUGAUACGCCUGAACAUAUAGCCUAUGAUAAGAGAAAGCCAGAGUUAUUUAAAGUAGAGUGGGAAGGACAAGGAAUCGUGGGUUUGUGUAGUAAAUGUAGUAGUACUGUACUGCAGUACUGUUUUGGGGCGAAAGAUACGUUUUCUUGCAAAGGGUCAAUAAAAAAUGUAACGACAUUAACGAAGAUAAAUAUGAUUCUCAUGAUCUGAUUAUUCAUUGCUUUUAUAUGUGUAUUUUAUAUUGUUGUGAAGGCCGUAAGUUAGAUUAAGAUUUACAAUCGUACAUUCAAAAACACAAAUAAAGUUUCCAUCAUUCUACUCCGAGCGAGAGGCACAUCAACUACAUCGCCCUAUUGGAUCGAUCACCAUAGUUCAGACAACCAUAAUAAGCUAAAGAUGGCGUCCAACAUUCCCAUUUCUCUAGUGAGGGCGAAAGCAGAUAACUUCCAGCAGGAGAAACAAAAGUCAAGACAUUUGUCAAAAGACACCAUAUCGUUGGAGUAGACCAUCAGUGCUCCUCCAUUCUCGAAAACGCCUUGUGUUAGACAUUGAAACUUUGUCCCGCAGUUUGGGCAAAAUUCUUCGGAGGAUGUUCCUUCGCCAUAUUUCUUUUUUAACUGUGUCACAAUUGAGGAAUGCGAACUUGUAGCUCGAUUUAAAGUGGUACGCACACAAAAAGUAACAGAAUCCUUAUCUUUGAGGUGGGAUCUUUUAAUGUGGCGUAUUAAAAGCAUCCGGAGAAGGGAUUCCCUUUGGUCACAUGAGCAAUUAUGUUGAAGCUGUAGAAAAACUCGUUUUAUUAAUCCAGGCCAAGACAGAUCUUCAAGUGGGUUUGACGCAAACUUGCCUGAUGACUCGCCCUUUCCCUGUUUCGUCCCUCCAGGGUGGCUAACAGCACUAAUAUACAGUUUGUUGAUGACCUCCAAGGUCAAACCUUGAACUGGGAGGAGCUUAUGAGAAGUAACACAUUUGCUUCAAUUUAUUCAGCAAAUGAUAUUAACAAGAUACGAAUGACUGAUUGCUGCCCAGCGAAGGCUUUAAUUGAAGACCUCCUAUCCAGAGAAAUUCCACUAAAAGUCUUGCUAAGAGUUCUAUUUAAAAUUGGCAUGAAAAAAUGUUCAUUUUCAAUCCUUGAAAGACAGAAACCCAAACUUUUAACACAUGGGCCAUCAAUGGCAAAGUACUAGGGACAAGGCAGUAUAGUUUUUAUCUCUAGAAGUGGGUUGGACCCUGCCUCAACAGUUAAAAGUCAAAAAAAGACAGAAAAAAAAGACAAAACAUGACAAAGAAAAGACAAGGCAUGAAGUUCAAACAAGGGAAAUCUUAUUUUUCCUGUAGUAAUAGACACACCGACUGUUGCUGGUUGUUUAUCAGGUGUGUCAUCACUGUAGGAAGUAUCUGGAGUAGAUAAAGAGAGAAUGUUGUAGCACUGCCUAGGUGUGUUACUCUACAUAGACUCUAAAUGUAAUAUUUUUGGGGAUCAAACUUCGGUUUCUCCUUUGACAAAGUCUCAAGUUCUCAGCUUACGUGCCAUAGGGAAUGUAUAUAGAACCGUGUCAAUGUAGACACUCAAGAGUGACAAACGUCAUUUUCCUCUAAACAGCUGAUCCGUACACAAGAGAAAAGGACAUAGCUUUCAAUGGCGGUGUUUAUCAACUUGCAAUGAUUUUCAACAACAAUCUUUUUUGUGAACAUUUGGCAUUACCGAAAAGGGAUUAACAAUAGUUUUUGUUGUGGCUUUUCUCCAGUUCUGUCCUUGCUCCUUGAAGUAUCUUUAGCCUCUCAACCAGCCAUGGCAAUAAAAGAAUUGUUCAAAAGUGUGUCAAUGGCCUUUGGCUGUUCCUGGGACAAUUCUUCACUACCUCAUGUACCUGGCUGAUUUAAAAUGGUACUCAGGGUGUGUUAGUUGUUCAUAAACUUUUAAAUGGACGGUCUAGGAAACGUAUUAGCGUACAACAGGUCUUUUGAGGGAGGGGGCAUUUCAGGUGCAAAACUGGCUAAACUUUUCUAGUUAUUUAUUUCCCAGAUAAAACAUUAGUAUUGCUUUUUCUUCACUAAAUGAUACAAUAAAAUAAUAUAUCUUAAAGUGUGUAUAACAUGAGUGUAGUGAGUUUUGAAGUUUGUUUGUUACAGUUUGUUAAGAGUAUCUCUAAUUUAUUUAUGAGUGCGAAUUUAUAUAUAAGGUUAGUUUGUGCUGUUAGAAUAGUGCGUUUGCAACCUCGUUAAGUUGCCAAAUUUUUGUUCUACCCGUCCCCAAGGAGCGAGCAUUCUUCCAUCCAAACGCUGGACUGAACCGACAGCGAAGCAGCAGUAUGGCGUUUCACUUCAUGAACGGGCUCUUAAGAGAUGAGCUGAAUUGUUACUUCUUGCUUGAACUUGCUCAUGAAUAUCAAAUAGAGUCCAAUGUUGAGAAGUGCCAGUCGUUUAUGUUUUUUAUGGUCAAAGAAAAGAUAGAGAAUGACGUUCUUACGAUGCUCAUCUACGGGCAAAACUAUCACUUUAAAGCUCUUACAUCAGCGUGUAUAGAUGAAGUACGACACUUAUCGUUGAAGGAAUGA